AUGAAGGCGGAAGCCUGCAGUGAUACGUCAGAGCCUCGAGCCUGCGGAAAAGAUAUCGAGCACGCCUCCAAGCGGCACAGCCUUUGGCUGCCACUUUUGACGGCAGUGACAUGGCCUCAGGGCGGCGUAAAACCCAUCGCUGAGCACGGUCUGCCCGUAAUGAUCUCGCCACCGUGGGUCCUCGACUCAUUCGCCUUCGACCACAUCAACUCACUGUCAGAAGAGCAGAGGGACUUUGGCUGGCAGACGUUCCGUCACUACUAUUACAACUCGUACAAAGUACCCUGCGUCGCUACGUUCAUCAUAUGGAGCAUCUUUGCAGCUCUCGUCCUCGGUUGCAGUAUAGGUAGCCUCAUCGAGCUUCUCAGCCCUCGCUUCCAUCGAACGCUAUCUCAACACGCCAGAUGGUGGCGGGCAAACCUGUCUGAGCAUCCACUCGGAUCCAGCCAGCACUCUCAGAUACUGGCCUGCGGCAAGGGGAUGUUCUGCUGGAUCACAAUACAGCUUCCGCUCAGGCUCGAAGUGCUACUGUUAGUGGCCAUGUUGGCGGCAAACGUCGUCCCUCUCGUCUCCUUCUACUCGCUCUACGUCGGUCACAACACCUACUUCAUCGGGUCGGAUCAUGUCAGCCGUCGCGAUCAGACGCUGCGCCAUGUUGCCAACAGAGGUGCAAUGCUUGGAAUCGCGCAGCUGCCCAUGUUGAUCCUGCUCGCAAGUAAACGGACGCCAGUGGCGAUAGUAAGCCAGCUGUCCAUGAAUACGAUGAUGCUCUUUCAUCGGUGGAUCGCGAGGAUGUGCUACAUGCAUGUCGCGAUUCACAUCCUGUUCAACGCCCUCAUUUUCCAUUUCUCCAUUGGCAAUACGGCCAACCUCAAGACCCCAGCGAUACGGUGGGGCAUCGUCGCCACUGUGAUGCUUUCAGGGCUUGUUACUCUGUCGCUCAGAGCCUUUCGCAAGAGGCACUACGAGGUGUUUGUUUUCACGCACAUCACAAUGGCCUUGCUCAUGGUCGUCACCACCUACCUCCAUAUCAACCUCCUCCAUCAAGGACGUCUUCGAUUGCAGGUCCUUGUCCUAGAGCUUUCGGCAGCUUUUUGGGCGUUCGAUCGAUCGGUCCGUCUGGUGGGAAAGAUCUGCAUGUCCUUUUCCUGGAGGUACUGUGACGCUGCCGGGCCGAUGCGUAGAGCAUUGCUAACCUGUUAUGGCGAAGGGGCGUACAUCGGCCUUCGGAUCGAGGUCCCAGCUUCCCGCCUGCGGUUGACGGACUCUGCCCGCUUCUCCGCCCUUUCUUCAUGUCCUCUUCCCGAGGACAUGGAGGAGAGACAACCUCGCAGUCCUUUAAGCUCGCUCUGCAGUAGUUCAGCCUUUGAAAGAGUUAGAAUCGGUGCUGGAGACGAUAUCCGCAUCACGAUUCCCAAACUACAAUGGGUAGGCGGUCAUCCCUUUUCGGUGCUCGCCGUCGGGCUCUGCAAAUCCGGCGAACCUGGCAUGGGCUACAUUGACCUCGUCAUCCAACGUCAGGCUGGCAUCACUCGGAAGCUGUCCGAGCUUGCCCAGGAAGAGCUGCCUUGGUCGGGCUCGGAGAAUCGGGGGCCGAAAGGUCCAUACUUGCAAGACGCCGUCCGCUCGUUGCCGAAGCAAGUCAAGGUGUUGAUCGAUGGACCCUUUGGCCGAAGUCCAUCUUUGAAAGGAGCGCGUCACGCCGUGCUGGUCGCUGGGGGCAUCGCUGUCACAUUUUGCUACCCCCUCUUUGCUAAGGCAGCUCGAGGCGAGUACCGCAGCUUGGAAACGUGCAAAAUGGUUUGGAUCGUGCGCAACGAGACCAUCCUUGAUGUGCUCAGGGCCGACCUUUCCGAGCUCGUGCAGGAGGCUAGAAGGAGAGGGGGCAGCUCUUGCCAGCUUUCCAUCGACAUCUAUCUUACUGCGCCGCGCAAGGAACAUUCGGAUCGUUCAACACAGGUGGGUGUCGUCGAACGCAAGCUUAGGCUUCCGUCAAGACUGAGACCCACGUGGCAGGGACUGGGCUCUUACUCGCUUCUCGAUUCGGCUUCGUCUUCGGCCACCCUCGCCUACCGAGAGGAUGCUGGGACACCUGGGUCUGCAAACCUCUCCAGUGGCAGGUCGCCGUGCUGGAGAGGGUUGAGGCACGAGGCGAGUAACGAGAUGGACAUCUCGAAGCAGCAGUUGCCGAAGCCGGCUUACUUACAAGACGGUGUCUAUCGCCACACGAGUGGGAGCAGCACCCCGUUUUCGACCAGCAGCACGAUUUCCGCCUUUGAUUCGAGCUUCUCCCCGAUCUCGCCGCAAGUCAACUUUCGGAAGCCGCGACCUGAUUUUCUCCGAGGGCCACUCGGGUGCGAAGGCGGUCGUCUGCCCUCGCCGUCUAUCCAAAAUUUCGCUCAUGCUCAGCAAGAAGAUGCAGAGAAGGUGCUUUCCAGCUACCAUACGAACGGUGAUGCCAAGGCUCACGCAGAGUCGAGAGUAAGCUCGCAGUACGCGGGCCGUCGGAGCGCUUCAAGCAUGACCAGCACGUUGGUGCCUGAUUUGCCGCUCGAUCCAUCGGCAAGAUACUUCGGAAUCGGAGCAGAGGUGCACGACCGGUGGAAGGCGGACCAGGACGUCUUAGCCGAGAGCCGAGGUGGGCUGGUUGAAGUUCGGCGAUUCGAGGGCCGACCGGGAUUGGCGGCGGUGCACGGGCAUAUUGACAUGGAUACGGAAGUGGAUCCAGGCAGGACAGUCUUUGCGACGUGUGGUCCCGCUCCACUGUGCGACUCUGUGCGUGCAGAGGUGGUGAAGCUGCUCAAGAAAGGAGCAGACGUUACGCUGGUUGAAGAUUGCUUCAGCUGGUCCGGUUCAUCAAACGUCUGGACCAUUGCCGAGACCAAAGUGGAGCCGUCCGUGCUGUAUCCUGCGAUCGCGUGGUGGUUCAAAGCGUUGAUCGCCAAGGAACGCGACGUCGGUCAACCCACAUGGGCGAAUGGCAGCUCGCCUACGGACAGAGCAGGGCCGCUGCGCAAAUUUUUCGCUCUUGACCAUGUGCAGCCAGCUGAUGCACGCUGCGCUAUCUGA